CACAGCGACGCAUCUUGGCAUCAGAUGGGCACCUUGCCGAAGCUGCCAUGGGCGCUCUCGCGUGCGCGCUGUUCGCGACCGCCGUCCUUUGCUCAGCGCAGGAGUUCCCAAAGGGGCUGCUGGCAGUUGAGCCCGCAGAUGCAGAUGAUGCGGUGAAGCACUUCGUGGAUAGUCACAUGGAGCCGCGGCACGCUGUGGCGGUGGCGGUGGUGCCGAAAGGCUCCAAGCGGCACAACCUGCUGCUGGAGCUUGGAGAGGAUGAGGACUUGCGACACCUUCUUGCCAUUGGAGCGCUCUUCAAGAAGGGAAGGCAGUCUUGCGAGUGCUCGCAGGACGUCGCUGGUGGUGCACAGAUAUCACUACGAUGCUCUCGCCUACGAGGGUAAGUGGACACGAAGCGCCAUCUCCUCUUGGCUGCAAGAAGUUGCUUUUCCACCGGUGAACUAUUUGCCGCAGUUUGCCCCCACCAAGUUUCUGACGCGGAACCCCUUUGGAAUUCUGCUGGUGGUGAAGCCCGGGCACCACAGCCCAGAGUUGGCCAAGGCGCUGGAGCCGCAUGCUGCGCGCUUGAAAGACAAGCUGAAGGUGUCCUUCUUUGCUCGAACUCCUUCUACUCAGCAGCUGUGUGAGAUGUACGGGGUCCGAUCUUCCGACGAGUUCUUGCUCAUCGAGCGGCCCAAGGAGGGUGGAUUGGCCAAGGGCCACAGCCAUGUGCCGAAGUCGCCAAAGUACCGUGUUGAGAACGUCUCCGCGGCGGAUGUGGACCUGUUCUUCAAGCAGUAUGAGUCAGGGCAGCUGCCAAGAUAUUUGAUGUCUUCCAAAGCGAAGGCCGAGCCCCAGAUUCAGGAAGGUCUGCGAGAGCUCACAGGUUGGGACUUUCUGGAGGUUGUGCAAGAUCCGAAGGUGUCCGUCCUGGUGGAGUUUGUGAGCGAGAAGUGCGAGGCUUGCGAAGAGUUCGAUGCUGCCUACCGCGAGGUGGCACGGCGGGUGCUGCAUCGCAAAACGCAGCGGGGCCGCAGCCCCUCCCUGUCGCGCGUAGUCAUCGCUCGGAUCGAUCAGUCAGCCAAUGAGCACACCGAGCUGAUCAAGGGCACGCCCUGGCUCCGCUUCUGGCCUGCUUCGGCUAUGAAGAAACCCGUAGAAGUGGAGUUCCGGAGUGUGGACACGAUAUUGGACUUUCUUGAUGAGCAGGAAAUGGCGCUGGAGGACUCUGAAGAGGAACCGAGAAAGCGCAAGCCCGCGAAGGAGCUCUGAGGCUCUGAUGAAAGAUGUGCGGAGCUAUGCCCAGU